AUGAGAGAGGUGAUAGCCUGGGACCCAACUUUUGAAUAUUUUUCAGAAACACUCCCCUCACCCAUCCUUUGGGCUGAGCCAGGUUCUAUCAUCUCUUGGGGGAAGUCGGUGACCAUCUUGUGUCAAGGAAAUAUCCAAGCACAGGAGUACUACUUGAAUAAAGAAGGGAGAACAUCACGCUUGUACAGACAGACCGUAAUGGAGCCUGGGAGCAAGGCUAUGUUCCCCAUCCCAUUCAUUACAGAGCUCUAUGCAGGACGAUAUCGCUGUUACUAUGAGAGCCCUGCUGGUUCUUCAGAGCACAGUGACAUGCUGGAGCUGGUGGUGACAGGUGUCUAUAGUAAACCUAGCCUGUCAGCCCUGCCCAGUUCUGUGGUGACCCCAGGAGAGAACGUAACUUUUCAGUGCGUCUCAUGGUUGGGAUUUGAAACCUUCAUUCUGACUGAGGAGGGAGAAAACAAGCUCUCCUGGGCUGGUGACUCACAGAGACAUCCAAAUGGGCACAUGCAGGCGCUUUUUCCCAUGGGUCCCGUAAGCCCCGGCCACAGGCGGAAGUUCAGGUGUUACGGGUAUGACAACAGCAAUGCCCAAGUAUGGUCAGCACCUAGUGAACCCCUGGAGCUCAUAAUCUCAGGCUCACAUCUCCAAGAUCACACAGUGGAGAAUCUUACCAGGAUCACAUUGGGUGGCUUGGUCCUGGUGGUUCUUGGAAUUCUUCUAUUUGAGGCUCAGCACAGCCCGAGAAAGACACCAGAUGCAGCCAGGAGGGGAACAACGGAGACAGCAGUACCCAUCGCUGAGUGGUGGGAUAACGACGACUGUGCGUACUGA